CCGCAUUCCAUCCCAACCCACACCAGAACCCAUUGCGUACCAGAUCAGUAUACCCUUGUGACACCGCCUGCAGUCCCCAUCCCACCUUCAGAUCGAUCAUCUCCCCAGCUGCAGCCAGCCAAUUCUUCCCUCCAGCCAAACCCCGACCUCGAGGCAUCCCACAAACUUCCACCAUCCCCUGGCCCGAAUCAAGCUCUGUACCUGGACUCUCCUCCGUCAUCUGCAUCUUGGUGCAUCCCAUCCGCCACUUUGGACACAGACCGACACACACACCCUGCCCUACAACCUACGGCCCGCGUUACACGUCAACGACCGCGUCUUCUUCUUCUUCAAUGAUCAGUGGCCUUCUCGAACAAAAACGACCAUAGGCGAAAUUGCAUUUCCUUGUCCAGCUACCAUCCAAACGCGCCAAUCUGAACCUCCAUCUCGGCCACCUCCACCACCGCAAAAAGUCCUGCAAACACACAACGAACAAAGGAACCACACCCAGACCAACUCGGCCACAAUCCCUUUCCGCAACCCGAUACGAGUCGGUUCAAUCGAUUAAUCACCAGCGAAACUACUUUUGGGUACCUUGUAGCCCUCGGAGCCUGGAAUAAGACUGUGAGGAGGGUCGCAGAAUUCUCUCCCAGAACAAACCCCAAAGGGCAGCUUGCCUCGCCGUUCGUUUCACAGUCUCCAUGGAUAACCUAUGGACUCGCCGGACCAACACCAACAAGCUCUCCCUCUCGACACCAGGUUCGGCCCUCAACGACACCGGCUCCCUCGGUCGGAAUUCCUCCAUCUCCAAGCGAUUCGGCGGUGAUAGCUCGUCGCACGGGACGAGGAACCCUCUAAACGACGUCAAGACCCCAGGCAGCGGACUCGCCUCCCCGGGCGGCGCAUCCAACGCCUUCGCCCUCGGCACCGGCGCCUUUUCGAACUUCGGGGCAAAGACGCCCAAGUCCACCGGGAACCCCUUCGACCUAGCCUCCAAGACCCCAACAACCGAGAAAUCCGGAAAGGACGGCGCGAACGGGGGCAGCGCAACCAAGGCCGGCUUGAGCGGGGCUGCGAAAUCAGCCGCGAGCACGCCAGGGCCCGCCACAAGGGAGAGGAAGGACAGCGAUCAGCGCGGGGCCCACCCGCUGCGUAACAGCUGGGCGUUCUGGUACCGCCCUUCCAUCCCGAAGAAUGUCGGCUACAUCCCCUAUGAGGACACCGUCCACGGCAUAGCGACGGUCGGUAGCGCCGAGGAGUUCUGGGCCGUCUACAGGCACCUGAAGCGACCGUCGACCCUGCCGGUCGUGUCCGACUACCACCUGUUCAAGAAGGGCGUCCGGCCCAUCUGGGAGGAUGACGAGAACAGGAAGGGCGGCAAGUGGGUCGUGCGCCUUAAGAAGGGGGUCGCGGACCGGUACUGGGAGGACCUGAUGCUUGCUCUCAUUGGUGAGCAGUUUGGUGAUGCUGGCGAGGAAGUUUGCGGCGCCGUGAUGAGUGUCAGAAACGGUGAGGACAUCCUCAGCAUCUGGACUGCCACCAGUGGGGGCAAGGUGCUCAAGAUCAGGGAAACCUUCAAGCGAGUCCUGAACUUCCCUCCAGAAACCAAGAUCGAGUGGAAGGUGCACGAGGAGAGCAUUCAACAACGCAUCACCGUUGAAGAGUCCCGCAAGGAGAGGGCCAACCAGCACAAGUCUGGCAACAAGCAGAACAACCAGCGACAGGCCCAACAGCACCAACAGAGCAACGACGAUUCGGCCCCGGGUCCGCAGGCAUCAUAGUGUGCAUUCUGCCCGAAACCGGAUUCGACGAAACACCUGAAGGAGGCAGUCCCUUCGCAGCGCCUAACCCCGAUAUCCCACCGCUGGAGGGAAAGGCUAGGAUGCUAGCAUGUCUACGCAAGAGCGAACGGCCCUUAGGUCGUGCACAGCCGCAUUGUAUCGAAUAGUAGCGUGUCUUUUCUUGGGUCACAGCAGCUUCCAAUUACUGAGCUUUGCAUGCGGAACAACGCGACAGUUAAUGUUACCGUCCUUGUUAGCGUCGAUAUAGUUCUUGAAAUCUUGGUCUCGUUUUGUGUGCCGGCUGUUGCUGCUGUCCGUCAAGAUGAAGCAGAUUUCGAACCAACGAUCACCGCCACCAUGCUUUUCACAAACGUGACCCAGGAGAUGUAGUUGGUGAAUCAAUACCCGGCAAGGCCGAAAUUCAAGCCCGAUAGUAGCUCCCUUCCAGGCCCUGAAAGAUUUUCUGCUCUGCGCGAUGGACAGACUGUUUCGGAGGCGCUCUGGGGUCUCUAUCAAGGCACAGGAAGAUAUUGACUGUUCAUGGAAUCAUACGAAAUUCCCCAAGUGCCCACGGGUUGUCGAAUGCCAUGUUGGGCUACAUACACUUUUCAAAGCACAGCACCUUGUCGGUGAACUCGGGCGUGGGAUCCUUGAUAGCGAUAAGCGGUGACGCGAAGCGGCCGC